GCGCGGGGUACAUCUUGGACUGCCAUGCUGAAGAUUGCCUCGCUUCUGCUCGUCGCGCUGCCGGCAUCUACCCUGCCGGCCGAAACUGUCGACGACAUCAACCCGACCGCUCGCAGCACCACAUUUGCGCCCAAGCCCCCUCCCGUGCCCGACGUGGUCGACGACCCCGCCUGGCUGAUCGCCACCUCCGGCUUCUGCUCGAACCUCAACGUCGUCAUGAAGGAGCGCGACGUCGAGGCGAGCGAGACGGAGGGCGACACCGCGGCCCACUUCAUGGCCGACAUCGCCUUCAACUACUACCCGCAGACGGCGGUCAAGUUUACCGAUUUCCCUCACCACCUCGCGAAGACCAUCGAGGGCGACGCUGCAGAGGCGGACGCGCUGGUCUCAAGCGCGUGGGACCACAAGAACAUCGCGCUGCUCGAGCCGACGUCCACGUGCAGCCCGGAGCAGGGCGACCAGGCGUGGGGCAUCUCGGUCUUCAAGGUGGAGGAGCACCGCCACUGCAACGACGGCGAGACGGCGUGGAAGGGGCACCCCUGCGUCCACUACUCUGGCUACGUCUCGGCGGCGACGUCCAAUUUUGUCAACGUGAAUGAGGGGCGGUUCGUCUGCCAGCUGUUCGUCGACGCAUUUUAUGGGCCGAUGAUUUAUAGGCCGGUGACCCCAUUUUAGUUUGGAUGCCCCUCCGAGCUACAAGGGUGUAUGUCCGCUUUGCGCCAUUGUUGUGAGUUUGGGGAUUGUUGCCGCGGUUAGGCCGCCAACGACGUCGCUAUCACCCAGGUGCUGAGCAUGUCGGAGGGAUGGAAUCCGCGGGCGCAGCGUUCUUUUUCUUUUUCCGGUGUGCCGGUGUGUGGAGUGUGGUCCUCGCCAGUCUGCGCCCUUGUCGUGCCAGUGUGCUGUGAGAGAGGCUGGAUUCUAACAUUCUUUUUCCGAAGU